CAGGACUGUGGCGAUAAACGACACACAGUGGGUCCACGGGAGGCCGUCGCGACGCGACACCACGCUAGCCCCGCCAGGCACGCUCCUGAACGCGCCAAACCGACAACCGACGCCGCCAACCGCCGCGCCUGGGAUCGCCAUCGCCUGCCCGCCUGCCCGUCGGACUAGUGCAGGUGCACCGCGCGGGCGCGCUCACGUCCAGUCCGCUCCAGCCGCAUCCGACUGAGCGCGGCGGCCGCGGUACGGCUGCAGCUGGUGGCCCGUAGUGCUGCGGGGUGGUGAUGGGGUUGUAGCCAUGCGCGCCAAGGCCAUGCUGGUGGUGCUGGUGGCGCUGGGGAUGCUGGCGGCGGGCGUGGCCGCGCUGCGGGGCAGCGGCACGCGCGUCGGCAAGGGGCGCGGCAUGCGCCACCAGUACAAGUCGCGCCUGCCCGUCCUGCUGCACAACAAGGACCCCGCCACCAGCCAGUACUACGAGCACCGCGACGGGGCUCGGGUCAUCAAGUCGUCGCACUUCGAGCUGGACUACAUGCUGGGGAGGAAGAUCACCUUCUUCUGCAUGGCCAAGGGCUUCCCCCGGCCCGAGAUCACGUGGUUCAAGGACGGCAUCGAGCUCUACUACCACAAGUUCUUCCAGGUGCACGAGUGGCCGAUCGGCAACGACACCAUCAAGUCCAAGAUGGAGAUCGACCCCACGACGCAGAAGGACUCCGGGUUCUACGAGUGCCAAGCCAACAACCAAUACGCAGUGGACAGCAGAGGAUUCAGAACAGAUUAUGACACGCCUUUAUAGGCUAUUGGAGGCACGGCAUAGGAGCUUGACAACAGAAUAAAACAAAGUACUAUGUAACAAAAUAUUGAAUCAAUAAACACCAUUGCACGAGUAA